ACUGGAAAAUUUAGGAUUGGAAGGAAUUAUUUAAGAGAAUGUAAGAAGUGUGAGUCAUUUUCUAAAUAUUUUUCUACCAGAUUGUUCAAUUUUCCUAUUUCACCCCCUUUGAACCAUGGAAACGGGCAAAAAACGGCCGCUGGGCAGUGGAAGCCGACGAGGUAGAGCUUGUCGGACCUCUGAGAGGAGAAGGAAAUGGCGGCCUCAUUCAGAUGGAUACUGCAGCUACACAAGGACGUCCCUAAAGCUGCGAAGUUCUACUCCGAAGGGUUGGGUCUCACCGUCAAUGUCUGCACUCUUCGUUGGGCCGAGCUCGAAUCCGGCCCUCUCAAGCUCGCUCUCAUGCAAUCCCCCAGCAAUAAUGUUGUGGAGAAGGGAUAUUCGUCACUUUUAUCCUUUACAGUAUGUGACAUCAACAGUACCGUGACGAAACUGAUAGCGCUAGGUGCAGAGUUGGACGGUCCCAUCAAAUAUGAGAUUCAUGGGAAGGUUGCUGCUGUGAGGUGUGUCGAUGGCCACAUGGUCGGUCUUCACGAGCCCAUUUGAGGUGUGUCUUAUUCCUAUAUUUACUUCAAACCGAAGACAACACUGAAAGUUAGAUGCUAGAAAACACCCAAGGAUAAAUAUACAUUUUUUUUUAUUUUUUUAUUGAGAAAUUUACCCUUUUUUGGCAUCUAUAGCAUUUGCAAUGUGUGUACUUGUGGCAUCAAUUUUGAGUUUGUGCACUUAAAUAGGAUCCUUCAGUCUAAAGGUGCAGAGUAUUAUAGUUGUCAUUGUUAGAGUAUAAAACCAUUCAUGAGACUUGAACUACAAGCUUAAGCUUUUAGUUCCUUAGCACUCUAUUAGAGUCUUGUUAGAAUAAAUGUUACGUGUUGGU